CAUCAUGAUUUCUUAAUUUCCAGCUAUCUUUUAUUUUUUGGUGUCACUUAUUCCGAGCUAUCUAUCUUUAUGGGCCAUAAAUAAUGGCUGAACCCGUCAUAUCAAACGAAGCCCAAAGAUGCUAUACAGACCGUCCCAAAUCAAAUCUGAACCAUAACGGCCUAUUAGCAAAGUGGCGAGAGCAACUAGUAGCUGCCACAAGCCCAUAGAUGACAAGACCAGAAACAGAGUAAGAAGCUUUGAGAAGGGAGUGGGGUGUCCCGAGUUUCGAUUUGAACGGCAUACAUAGAUAGAUGAGGAGAGUCCACAUGAUUGAGAAAAGCAAAGCAAAGCAACGAAAGAGACGGAGAUGAAAGAGCACACAAUCCAAAAUUUUCUCAUUUUCAAAAUGGUGUGUUAAAAAAAUCAAUUUUAGCGGUAAAGAAAGAUAGAAACGUAACCCGUCGAUGAUGAAUCAACAAGGCCAUCCCGAGCCUGAUUCCGAACCUCCUCCUUCUCCUUCGAGCCCUCGGACACCGAAGAAGAAGGUUAGUUCCAAACUGAAUCGAUGGUCCAUGGGCCGAGCUUUACGAUCCGGUGCUGUUAAGAUCGACCGUCCGACUCAUCGUACUGAUAAUAACAACGACGCACCUUCCCGUCAAGUAACGACGAACGAGGAGGCUGAUCGAAAGACGUCUGCGAUCGAUAGUGAUGACGUGGCGGGAAAGUCGAUAUAUAUGCUUUCAGACGGGACAGGGUGGACGGCUGAGCACUCCGUUAACGCCGCUUUGGGCCAAUUCGAAGAUCCUUUGGUCAAUCGUGGCUUUCCCGUUAACACACACCUCUUCUCUUGGGUGGAGGAUGAAGAGAAGCUGUUAGAGAUUAUCAAGCAGGCGGCGAAGCAAAAGGCAAUGUGUUUCUACACUUUAGCCAAUCCUUCUAUGUCCAAAUCCGCUAAAGAAGCUUGUGAUCAGUUGGGAGUGCUUUCUGUUGACAUCUUAGGACCAAUCAUCCAAGGCAUUGCCUCUCACUUGGGUGUGUCUCCGUCAGGUCUUACUCGUGGAGCUGCCGGUAGGCUCAAGACUCUCAACGACGCAUACUUCAAAAGAAUCGAAGCCAUUGAGUUUACCAUUAAGCAAGACGACGGGACUUUGCCAGAGAACUUAGGCAAGGCUGAUAUCAUUCUUGUCGGUGUUUCACGGACGGGAAAGACGCCUCUGUCCACUUAUAUUGCUCAGAAAGGGUACAAAGUCGCAAAUGUACCGUUUGUGAUGGGUGUGGAACCGCCCAAGACGCUUUUUGAGGUUGAACCGAGGAGAGUUUUUGGUUUGAAGAUUCAACUUGUUGUGCUGCAAGCCAUCAGGAGAACUAGGGCUAAAACGUUAGGUGUGGAUACGGUAGGAGAGAACAGAUACUCUGGCUUCGAUCUUGUUCGGAAAGAACUUGAUUUCGCGUCAAAGAUCUAUGCCAAAAACCCUGGAUGGGCCGUAAUUGAUGUGACGAAUAAAGCAAUAGAAGAAACCGCAGCUGUGAUUCUGCGGCUUUAUCAUGACGGUAGCGACAGUAGUACUUCUGUACCAUGUAUCUCAAAACGCUUUUAAGCUCACAAGAACACAGUUUUUCGGUACUAUAUAUUUUAACUAAUCAAACCUAGGCGGCUGUAUUUUGUUUACUCAAAAUUUUGUAUUUUCUUGUACGUUUUCAUGGAAACAAUCAACUAGUUAAGAUGCGGGAAAGUAAUAAUUAUGGGGUUAGGUUUAUAUUCAAGAAAUAUUGGCAUGUGAUUUACCAUUUGUAGCAGAAUAUGCCACUAUUUAUGUAAACAAGAAUAAGUAUCAUCAGCAAUUAGUUGAAAGGUUACAUACAA